AUGAUUACCAAGUAUUUCAGCAAGGUGGUUGUCAAGUUCAAUCCCUUUGGCAAAGAAGACAACAUCGGUUUCCGAUCUUCUUAUCAGCCAAGGUUGCCAGACUAG